AUGCGGACGUGCAUGCAUGGACGCGAGCAACAGAUCCGAGCGCAUGCGCAAUUCAUUGUUUUGACUGAAAAUGCCGUCGGUUUCGAAAACGGCGGCCAAUGCGUCUCCUCAAACCGAGAAACCUAGCCACUAUACAUACUUGAAGGAGUUCAGGACAGAGCAGUGUCCGUUGUUCCUUCAGCACAAGUGUACGCAGCACAGACCCUUUACGUGUUUUCACUGGCAUUUUCUCAACCAGCGGAGAAGAAGACCUAUCAGAAGAAGAGACGGAACUUUUAACUACAGCCCUGACGUGUACUGCACCAAAUACGACGAGACCACAGGCAUCUGCCCGGAUGGAGAUGACUGUCCUUACUUGCACCGGACCACGGGCGACACAGAGCGAAAGUACCAUCUACGCUAUUACAAGACCGGCACUUGCAUCCAUGAGACAGACGCUCGAGGGCAUUGUGUGAAGAAUGGCCUCCACUGUGCUUUCGCUCACGGGCCACAUGAUCUCCGACCUCCAGUCUAUGAUAUCAGAGAGAUUCAAGCACAAGAAGCCCUUCAGAACGGACAGCUGGGAUCUGGGGAAGGUAUUCCUGACCUGCAGCCAGGAGUGUUAGCCAGCCAAGCUAUGAUCGAGAAAACUCUGACAGAAGACCCCCGCUGGCAAGACACCAACUUUGUUUUAGCCAACUAUAAAACCGAUCAGUGUACAAAGCCCCCCCGACUAUGCAGGCAGGGCUACGCUUGCCCCCACUGCCACAACAGUAGAGAUCGGAGACGAAAUCCAAGAAAGUUCAAAUAUAGGUCAACUCCCUGCCCUAACGUGAAACAUGGGGAUGAAUGGGGCGAGCCCUCAAAGUGUGACAGUGCAGACAGCUGCCAGUACUGCCACUCCCGCACCGAACAGCAGUUCCACCCAGAGAUCUACAAAUCAACCAAAUGCAAUGAUAUGCGACAAACGGGAUACUGUCCCAGAGGACCGUUUUGUGCGUUUGCACACGUAGAAAGAAUCCCCUCCACAGAGGAGAGCAUGCUGACAGUGAUGCAGUCCAGCUCUCAGUACUCAGAGUGUCCCGUCAGCGAGUGGAACAGCGGGGGCAGCGCAACCAGCAGCAACGGACAAGUAGGAAGUGUUUCAUGUUCUAAUAGCUCGACUGUAACUCCAAGCUCAGGAAGCGACAGUUUGUUAUCCCCAGUGGGUUCCACCAGCAGGCCUAACCCCUUUACUGAUAGUAGUAUAUGUUCAGAGUCCACCACAUCCAGUGUCUCAUCUCUGACGUCUAACUAUCCCAAAGCUCCGGGCUUUGAACGAGAGGACCAGAUUAAGAACAAGGGGCAGAUGGAUCAGAAAAUGAUGGACCAAGAAAAACAGACACAACAUACUGUAUUCUCUGCUGUGAACCCUUUGGCAACAAGCUUCACCUCCAGCAUAACGUCCAGCUUGGCCUCCAGCAUCGGCUCAGAUAGUUCUUCACCCACCACCUUAUCAACCAUGAAUGCAAAAGCCACUCCUUUCUAUCCGGGGAGCAACACUGUGGAGUCAGUUAUAGAUGUUUUCCGUUUCCCCUUAGGAUCCGCUCUGGACCUGAACUUCUGUGACAUCAAUGUUGCAUCUCUGGAUAAGGAGCUGGAGGAGCAGGACAACAGUAUGGGAUUUGCAAGACAGAGGAUGCUGGGUGGCUCCGCUCCUGUGAACAUUCCCGGCUCUCUGGGCCGAUCUUCCUCCUUUAACUCGUCCUCCUCGCUCUCCACCUCCCCGCUCAGCUCCCUGUCUCAGUCUCUGUCGCAGUCCCUGCUCGCUGCCUCCAUAUCGCAGCAGAAUCACCCUUCCAACAUGUUAGCCAAGCAGGAGCACGGCCUGCUGGGAACUCCCACCUCCUCUUCCCAGAAUUCUUUAGGCUUGAACGGCGGGGCCAGCAGCAUUUGGGACUUUGUGAGUGGCAGCUUCUCUCCGAGCCCCUCUCCAGUCUUCAGCAGCCUGACGUCCAGCGCCAGCAGUGCAGAUCUGGCUCGGCUCUUUAGGGACCUGGACGAGGCCAAGAGGAAGAUCAAACAGUGGGAGGAGGCCUGGCACCAGGUCAAACAAGCCUGUGAAGCUUGCCAGAAAGACGCUCUGGAGGCAAAGGAGCAAGCGAAGACGGCCGAGGCGGAGCGGCAGCUGGCCGAACAGAAGUGGGAGGAGACGCAGCGCAAGCUCAAAGAGCUCCAAGGGGACUUUGACGCGCUCUGUCGCACCCCGGGGACGCCGCUGCUACGUAGCUAUGGAGAGCUGGACGAGCUCCCCUUGUCAAAGCUCCACUCGCUCCAGAGUCAGCUGCGUAAUGACCUAGACCUUAUAGACGGGGUAAGACAGAAUAGAUCACACAUAGAAUUUCACUUUUAGCAUCUAGUUUUUAACGGGUUUAUCAGAGCUACGUUUUGCCAUGCUAAUUUGAACAAUCUGCAUGAAGUGUUUCCCUAAGUUGCGGCUGAUAUCCAUUCUCUUCUUUCCCCCACAGGUAAUAUAUCAGCUUCAGUCAAAGAAAUGUAUAGUUUGCCAAAAGCAUGAUCGUUGCAUUGUCCUGCAGCCUUGCCAACAUUAUGUACUAUGUGAGAACUGUGUGCUUAGUAAAACAGAAUGUCCCUACUGUAGAACAAAAAUAGUGAAGUGGUGAUGUACAACUAGUCGAGGUAUUAUUUAAAUAUAAGCCCUUUGAAAAACUGCUAAUAGAUAUGACCAUUUUUCUAAAUAGCAAUGUCUGUUUCAUACAGUGAUCGAAUACAUUUAGAAUACGAUGAUGUUUGACUGACAAACAAAUAGUAUUAUCAAUCAGAUUGUGUACAGGGGAUGAAAUGAAAUCAUUCAUUUUGUUUUGCUCAUUUUCUGGGCACAUGACCUUGUUCAGCCAGGUGGGUUUCUGUGUGAAAAUCCAUGCAAUCAAAUUAGAAUAUUAAAUUACAUCGCAAUGCAAUUUCUCAGAUCUUUAAUCAUGACACUAAAAGACAUUCAUCUUGUGUCCAGAUUUGUUGACAUACACAAUAUGCAGGAAUACUUUCCCCAAACAAAAUACAAAUAUGCAAACCUGACAGAAAAUGCAUAAUUACAGAUACAAAAAAAGAAAUGCUAAUGAGACCACUAAACUUGCUUAAAAUCUGUAUUCUUUAAGACAUGAAUGAGUAUGGGUUGUAUUUCUAUCCUCGUGUUUUACUGUUUAUUGAUUGGAAAUACUUCACUGCACUUUGAAUUAUUGUGGAUCAAUCUCUGACCUAAUCCACCCAGAGCAACGUUUCAGAAAUACUGUGGAAAUGUAACAAAUAUGCAUCAAACCUGUUGACUUAAGACACAUCAUAUUCUUGUUUUGGAAGAAAUAAAUACUAUAAAACGUACUCACUGUAACUGUAUAAUCAUAUAUAUAGUGAGAAGUUCUUCUCAUACUGUAAGGUCACUUCUCAAUCUUUCUGGUGGUGGGAAUAGUGUGAUGAAAAGGACACAACAGUAAAUACAGAUACAGCCAUUGAUGAUAGGGUACCACAGUAGCCAGGUUUUAAAAUGCAAAGGGGUCACUGUGUGGAUGUUUCCAACGUACUGCCAGGGACACGGGCUGAUGCUAAACAUAAAAUGGGCAAAACUCAAAGCAGUUUUUUCUUGACCUAAAGAGGAAUACAUAUACUGAAUCCAUCAAGAGCUCACAGAAGCAAAUCAAGACACAAGACAUCAAAGAACCGAUAUCAGAUAAACAUGUUUUGGGGGAAACCCAUUAACACAGCAUGGAGAUACCAAAACUGACGUGUGGAAUAUAGGCCAAAUGUACAGGCUGUUAGCAAUGAAUACAUACAUACACAAUAAACACAUCAUAUGUGUAUUAUUGCAUUUAACACUAAGGGGAGUUACUGAUGGAAAAAAGCAACAUUUGAAGUGUUUUCCAACAAUAUAAACUAUUUGCAGAUGUUCUAAAGAAAUCGCAUGUGUCAGUGUUCCUCUUUAAGUGAAGCCACAUCUUGAUUAACAUUCUUUUUGAAAUCCUCCUAGUCAAGCAUCAUUAUUUUGACCAACUCAAGAAGUUAGAUUUCUUCUAAAAGCACUUUGUUAGCUGGGACUUUCUUAAAGGGUAAAUAGAAUUGAGCUUGAAGCUGCUUUGUAGGUAUCCUUUUUGUUGAUUUCUAAUUGUGUGUUUUCUAUAUAAGCUAAUGUCUGAAGCUUCUGUGUGUACUGUGAAACUGUUAAAUCAUGGCAUGGUUCAACAUCUUAUUAAGAUUUCAUAGACAAGUACUUAAUAGUUUCUACUUUCAUAGUUAGAUUUAUAAAACAAUUCAAUCAAGUAAGUGCAAAUGUAACAUGCAUUGAAGGCAUAACCAGCAGCUGUAAUAUCAGUAAGGCACAUGCUACAUGUUAAGGCUGUUUUUCAAUCCGUUACUUUAGUUUUGUAGAGAUGUCUAUAGGCUAGCCUGUUAGAGAAGCAUGUAUUGUAUUUGCUAAAAGCCUGAGAUGGUGAUUUUUGUAGGAAUCUAGCCUCUUGAGAACAUAUCGGCCUCUAACUCUAAAGUGCCUUCAGUGAAAAAGGUUAUGUGUAGAAUUGUCACAAGUAUUCAAAGCUUGUGCAGUUUAACUUUGCAGAAGCAUCAACAUGCGUAUGACUAUAUACGUGUAUAUAUUAUACAUUUAUGCCAGUGUAUUUGGCCCAAUCCCAUUAAGUAUUUCUGCGGUAGAUAAUGGAACAAUGUCGUCGUCGUCGUCCCCCCGCCACACACUCAUUCCUCGGCGUGGUGCUCUUUCGGUGCAGCUGCAGUCCUUGAAAUUAGGUUUUUCAAAUUCAACGCUUGGGAGUAUGCAAACAGGACGGAUGUAUUUGUAUAGCAACAUAUUAAAAAACUGUUUGUUUUAA